GGCGGCGGGAGCGCUGCGCCCGAGCGGGCGGUGCUGCGGCACAGCCCGUGUGCGUCCGCCAGAGCCGGACCGCGGCAGGAGAGAUCAGGACCAGAUGAGCAGAGGGAGGUUUCUCUGAAGAUCAGAGUCGCCCCAGCCGUGCCCCGGGAAGCGGCGCGGCCUCCGGCUGUCCCCGCUGCGGGCCUGCAACAGCGAGAGGAGGAGGGAAGAUGUCCCACGCUCUAAAGCAAGUGUUCAACAAAGACAAAACUUUCCGGCCCAAGCGCAAGUUCGAGCCGGGCACGCAGCGGUUCGAGCUGCACAAGAAGGCCCAGGCCUCGCUCAACGCCGGGCUGGACCUGAAGGUGGCCGUGCAGCUGCCCCCGGGCGAGGAGCAGAACGACUGGGUGGCCGUGCACGUCGUGGACUUCUUCAACCGCAUCAACCUGAUCUACGGCACCAUCAGUGACUAUUGCACCGAGCAGUCCUGCCCCGUCAUGUCGGGGGGGCCCAAGUACGAGUACCGGUGGCAGGACGAGCACAAGUACCGCAAACCCACCGCCCUGUCGGCCCCCCAGUACAUGAACCUGCUCAUGGACUGGAUCGAGGUGCAGAUCAACAACGAGGACAUCUUCCCCACUAACGUUGGUGAGUUGGGGUCCAGGCGUGGCUGGCGGGGAGGGAGGUGGGUGCAGAGCCUUCUCCUGGGGCCCUCGGGUCCUGUUUCUGUUCAGGAGGUGCUGCAGAGCUGUUUCCUUCUGUGCUGCUCAGAGCAGCUCUUCCCAGCUCCUCUGCAGUGCUCAAGUACCCAGAGCUGCACCAGAUCCCACUUGGAGUCAUGGAUACCUCGAGGAAAGCCAAGGCAGACAACCUGCUACAAGCACUUUUACUACUUUGUGAAAGAGUUCAAUCUCAUAGACACCAAGGAGCUGGAGCCCCUGAAGGAAAUGACCUCCCGGAUGUGCCACUGAGCUCUGACCUUCCUGCUCCCACCUGGGCACCUCCUCCGAGGGCUCAGCCCCACUCCCGGCCUGGAGACGUGGUUCAAGGGGACAACAGAGACGUUUUCUUAAAGAAAUUAUAUAUUUUUAAUGAGUUUCAAUGUAAAACUGUGAUAUUGCAGGAAUAUUUUUUUAAAGAUGCUCUAGAUUAACUAGUUUUUUAUAGUAAUUUCUAUAAAAAAAAAGAGAAAAUAUUUUGAGGGCCAUUUGAUGGGAAUGUCCGCUCUUGGAGAGGGGAAGAGCUGCCCUGAGCUGCCCCUGCCCUGUGCCCCGAGUGAGCUGAGCCAGGUGCUGCAGGCAGAGCUGUGUGUGGAGCUGGUGCUGCCAUGGAAGC